AUGAUUUCCAUAGCCUCUUUAUUCAGAUCGCGCUCAGAUGAACGUGAAGUUGAACACGAAGGGCCGAUUGUCAUUGCUUUUUCAAACCUGAGAUAUGAUGAGAGUCUAAGAACGGUCGAUCUCAUAGCACUUAAAUCAUAUCGUUUCGAUGAAAAAAAUUAUCCUGACUCCCGAGAUACAACUGACUUGGAUGUCAUCAAAGCCUUACGAGCUCAGGAUGGCCAAGGUGUGGUAAAUGACAUUGACUCUAAGAAUGGAAUGCAAGUGAGGAAAAAUGACCCAGAAAGAGAUGCAGAACAAUAA